UUCAAUGUGUCUUAUUGAUUAUAAUACCAAAGAGUCUAUUUUGCUGCAAUCUAAUAUGGCGAAAUUCAUGACGUGGAUUUCUACAUUGUGAAAUUCAGGACAGUGAUGUGUAUAGUAUUCUGCAAUCUUCUGUGUCAAUCGACGAACAGUUAUGGCUCAAGCGCAUACAUAUAGUUUAACCCGUUUAUACGACAAUCACUGGGAUAGUUUCGGAGUACGUUUCUUUUGAUUGGAUAUAUAUAUAGGCUACGUUCAAAGAGUCAUCUUUAUUGUAGAAACAAUAUAUCUCUGCAGUUGAAGACUAACCACUAUUAUCACCCAAUAACACAUUCUAUAGUAGAUAUCGCUUGUGUGAUAACUUUCAUAUUUUACUGAAUUAUAUUUAUUUUUUGUGCGUGUAAGAAACGGUUGGGUGAUGUCGAUAAAGUAAAAAAAAACUCGGCAAAGCCUCGUUCGUUUUGACAUAAUCGGCUGUGUUGAUAUUUUUUGAUGUCAGAAAAGACUCGUAGGAGAUUCUAUAUAAUUAUAUCUGUUGCCCCGAUUACUGUCAAUUGACUUUAUAAUUAGGCAUGUGAAUAUUUUUAAAGACAAGUAAGUGUUAAAAACAAUUUCUACACAAAAUUCAUUAUGGCUGAACAGAACAAUAAAGAAUUGUGUAGUAUAUGUUUGAGUGAUUUUAAUCAACCUAAAAUAAUCGACUGUAAUCAUACAUUCUGUUUCACUUGUCUAGAUGAUUACGUCAACAAAACUGCGACUAAUAAUCACUUUAUUUGCCCGUUGUGCCGUUGUAAUAUAGAAGUCCCUGUUGGUGGAGUUCGGAAAUUUACAUCGAAACUAACCACUGUGCUUAAUUCUGAAACCAACGUUCUUCAAUGCGAUGUUUGUGCAAAUUCUUCUUCGAUGUUCAGUUGUAAGGACUGUCAACAAUCUUUUUGUGUAAAGUGUAGAAUCCUUCACGAUAAAUUAAAGGCUUGCAAAGAUCAUAAUGUUACCCGAAUUUGUGAAUUUUUAGUUGUGGAUCUAGAAUCAAAGAGGGGUGAAACUAUUAGUGAUGAAGUGACAUUUCGCCAUCAGAUCGACCAACAAUUUUAUUGUGACGACUGUUCAUUGGUCGUCGACAAUGAUAGUCGUAAUAUUUCCCAUAGCACACACAGAAUAUAUGAUUGCAAUGAUGCAGAUGUAAAGAGGGAAGCGAAAGAAGAACUGAAGGUUUUAAAUGAACAGUUGAAAAUCCAUAUUGAUAAAUUGGAGACAUUUUCUAAAUGUUUAGAAUUGAAGUACGCGGUGGUAAAAGAUACAAUUCAAGGAUCCUGCAACAUGGUUGAUCGACAGGUCGAUAAAAUAUGCGCAGAGGUCAGAAGAAUUGGAGAAACCCUUAAAGAUGAGAUGAGAAAGACCGGCGAUGAAGCGUUAAAUGAUAGAUGCAAAUCCGAGUUUGGCAAAUUAAAGUGGGAUACUAAAAUUUUAACAGAGAAUUUAAAAGCUAGUGUUGAAUAUUCCACAAAUAUUCUGCGAGAUCCAUCCAUUGUUUCAGUCUUGAAACGAAUACCUCUGGCCCGUCGGGAAAGAGAAAAGCAUUGUUAUAAACAAUUGGAAUUACCGGAUAUGAAAUAUGUAUUAUUUGAAGAGCAAGUUUUAGAUAAAGCAAUUUUGACCAAACAAAUUGGCAGACUUAUAUCAUGUCAAGGUAGUAGGUUUGAAAGUUCUUUUGCUUUCUGUGACGUCGGAACUUGGGGUGUUUAUUAUGGGUCGGAGAAAUAUGUCUGGGGUCUACCUUGGUGUAUCGGUGUAAUGAGUAAUACUAAUAAACCGGGCCCUUCAUUAAUGGUCUCAGUCAAACUUGGCCAACUAGAUGAUCCAGAUAUUCUAUCAUGUCGAGCUAAUUUCAUUAUUGAACUACUUAACCCUACAGAAAACGGUACAUCUGUUGUGGAGGAAGUCAAUAAUUGUCAGUUCACACCCGCUCGUUUUGGAGAAUAUUGGUUUAACUCGCGCUUUGUAGAUUGGAAUAAAUUUCGAUACGGUGGAUUUUUAGUCCACAGUCAGUUUAAAAUCACAGUAACAUUUAAAAAGAUUGUUAUCCGAAGACGGAAGACCAAGAGUUAGGUUAAACAAUUACUGCGCAUGUAAAUACAUUGAUUUACACCUUUUUUUCGUAACAUUUUAGUCCGGUAAAUAUAAUAAAUGACCUAGAACAAAUAACAACAGAAUUUUUCUCGACGGAAUCUGGUAGAAGGGCCCAUGGAGGUCUCCCAAACAAAAAUCGCCCCAAAUAAAAAGAUAGGUUUUCAAGUAAUUAGUAUAAAUCCAAUGUGGCCGCCAUUGGCACCUUAAAACUCCGAUAUCUCGGAAAUGGUUGAGUUUGGAGGGUGUAAAUGUAUUUCUGGUAGACGUAAUUUUGCAAUCUCAACCAUUCACGAGAUAUUGGAGUUUUAAGGUUUCGAUGGUAGCCAUAUUGGAUUUAUGCUAAUUGUUGGCCGUAUGACGUUAUGACGUCACCUGGCAUUGUUUUUCUAGUUCCUUGGUAGCCUUUCCUAUCUACCCGUAAUACAUUUGCAUCCUCUAAACUCAACCAUUCCCGAGAUCAUAUCGGAGUGUUAAGUUUCCAUUGCGGCCAUAUUGGAUUUAUGCUAAUUGUUGGCGUCAUUUAGCUGUGUUUUUCUGAGCCAUCUGUACCACUUUCUAUCUACCCGUAAUACAUUUACCCCCUCCAAAUUCAACCAUUCCCUAGAUCAUUUUUGCUAAUUACUUGAAAACAUAUCUUUUUAUUUUGGACGAUUUAUGUUUGGGAGACCUUCAGGGACCCCUCUACCAAAUUCCGUCGAGAAAAAUUCUGAUGCAAUUUGUUCUAGGUAUCCACUCAUUAUGGCUUAUCUUUACCCGACUAUUUCCCAAGAGAAAAGGUUGUGUGUAUUAAUUACGUGGCUUGUUGUAUGAAUACAUGCCUCAAUUACUUAAGGCCAAAAUAAAGACCUGUAAUAGAUAGAUUUAGCCCUUACAUAAUCCAUCUUUAGUAGGGAAUUUUAUUAGUUGAUAUUUUACAUGAUGUGAAUCCUCCCAGCUUUUUCUUAUAUCAAA